AUGUCAAAGGACUACAAGUCCACCCUGACCGAGGCGGAGACAAAGACCGGGUCCCUGGCAUCCGAAACUGAGACCAAGACCGAGUCCCUGGCAUCCAAGACUGAGACCAAGACCGAGUCCCUGGCAUCCGAGACUGAGACCAAGACCGAGUCCCUGGCAUCCAAGACUGAGACCAAGACCGAGUCCCUGGCAUCCAAGACUGAGACCAAGACCGAGUCCCUGGCAUCUGAGACUGAGACCAAGACCGAGUCCCUGGCAUCCAAGACUGAGACCAAGACCGAGUCCCUGGCAUCCAAGACUGAGACCAAGACCGAGUCCCUGGCAUCUGAGACUGAGACCAAGACCGAGUCCCUGGCAUCCAAGACUGAGACCGAGACCGAGUCCCUGGCAUCCGAGACUGAGACCAAGACCGAGUCCCUGGCAUCCAAGACUGAGACCGAGACCGAGUCCCUGGCAUCCGAGACUGAGACCAAGACCGAGUCCCUGGCAUCCGAGACUGAGACCGAGACCGAGUCCCUGGCAUCCGAGACUGAGACCAAGACCGAGUCCCUGGCAUCCGAGACUGAGACCAAGACCGAGUCCCUGGCAUCCGAGACUGAGACCAAGACCGAGUCCCUGGCAUCCGAGACUGAGACCAAGACCGAGUCCCUGGCAUCCGAGACUGAGACCAAGACCGAGUCCCUGGCAUCUGAGACUGAGACCAAGACCAAGUCCCUGGCAUCCGAGACUGAGACCAAGACCGAGUCCCUGGCAUCCGAGACUGAGACCAAAACCGAGUCCCUGGCAUCCGAGACUGAGACCAAGACCGAGUCCCUGGCAUCCGAAACUGAGACCAAGACCGAGUCCCUGGCAUCCGAGACUGAGACCAAGACCGAGUCCCUGGCAUCCGAGACUGAGACCAAGACCGAGUCCCUGGCAUCCGAGACUGAGACCAAGACCGAGUCCCUGGCAUCCGACACUGAGACCAAGACCGAGUCCCUGGCAUCCGAGACUGAGACUGAGUCCCAGUGUCAGUGUCUGAGUCCUGUCCAAAGCCAAGUCUGA